CAUGCUCAGGCAGUUAGUCAAACUCGAGACACUCACAGGAGAACACAGUCGCCAUCUGGACUAGCGGCUGGACGAGAGAGGGAACGAGGGUGAUCUGCACCUGUCCCACGAACACACUCUCUUUCUGCCGCACACACACUCGCACAUACACACACUCGCACAUACACACACAAGCGCACUCAGGGGAGAGAUCAGACGGCUCUAUGUGCGGCUGGAACCAAAGUCUGUCGGCCGCCUCUCAGCAUAGCUCCGUCAUGUUGACCACUGAGGGCGCCCCGAACACCGCCGACCAGGUGGAUGCGAAGAUGACCGUUGAGGACGCCGACAUGUCCAAGUGGACGGAGGCCGAGUUUGAAGAGAAGUGCACGUACAUAGUGAAGGACCACACGUGGGAUGGUGCAGACAAACCGGAUCUUCCCCGUGCUCAGACCUCACUGCCGAGAAACCUGGCAUUCAGAUAUGCCCCUGACUCCAAAGAGGUGAUCGGCGUCGUAAGCCGUGAGUACAUACCAAAAGGAACUCGCUUUGGCCCUCUAGUGGGAGAAAGUUACACAGCAGAGAAUGUCCACAAAGACGCCAACAGGAAGUACUUCUGGAGGAUUUAUGCAGAAGGAGAGUUCCAUCACUUUGUAGAUGGCCUGGAUGAGGAGAAAAGCAACUGGAUGCGCUACGUGAACCCAGCUCACUCACAGCAGGAGCAGAACCUGGCUGCUUGCCAGAACGGCAUGAACAUCUUCUUCUACACGGUGAAGGCUAUCCCUGCUGACCAGGAGCUGCUGGUGUGGUACUGCACAGACUUUGCACACCGUCUUCACUACCCUCCCUCAGGAGAUCUCAUGAUGCAAAAGCUCAAGCAGAGUCUGAUAGAAGCAAAGCAGCAGGUGUCAGAAGAAAAACCUGUUGUGAAGAGAGAGCAUACCGUCUCGGAAAUCCUCAAAGACACAUGGCGAGAGCCAGCGAGACCAUUGCCCACACGUCCCCACUGCCCUGUCAGCCCUGACAGACCCAUCUACCCCCGCGUCAUCUACCCAAUCCGCCCACAUCAUCAUCUCAGAGAGGACAUCUUAAAAUCAAGCCCAAGUAUCUGUUUUGCCACUCGCUCACCUGCACUCUCCUCAGCCACCCCUAGCCCAUCAGCACGCAGCAGCCCUGAGACCAGUCCAGGAAGCAGUCCUACCCCAGCAGAUCCUAGGGAUGCCCUGUCACUCUACAGUGGCAGCCUGGGUCAAUAUCCUGGUUACUCCCCACCCAACCCCCUUUCCACAUUCUACCCCAACCCACAUUACCUCUUUGCCCCUUACUCCAUGAGCGGAACACCACCUGUGUUCUCCCGCAUGUACCCCCUUUACAACAGUUUACUGACACCCAACAUGCCCCUCUCGCACACCAUGCUUCCACCUGAGCAAGGUCGGCAUUUUCUGCUGCCACCCCACAGGGACUUCCUGCUUCCUCCAACCAAGAGUGCCUUCUCAAGAGCGACAACCCUGAAAGACAAACCGCUGCAUGGGCACCCUCAUGCCCCCGUCAGUGGUUCUCCUACAGCUGGUUCUGCAGUCUCUGUUGAUCAGCAGCCUGCCAACCCGACCUCAGCACAGCCGAGCAUCCGACGUUCGGAUGAAGAGGCAAUCAAUCUCAGCAAGAUGAAGCGAGGCCCUGCGGGAUACAAGACGCUGCCAUACCCACUGAAGAAACAGAAUGGCAAGAUAAAGUACGAGUGCAACGUAUGCAGCAAGACUUUCGGACAGCUCUCGAACCUUAAGGUGCACCUGCGUGUCCACAGUGGCGAGCGUCCUUUUAAGUGUCAGACAUGCAAUAAGGGCUUCACUCAGCUGGCCCACCUGCAGAAGCACUACCUGGUCCAUACAGGAGAGAAGCCCCAUGAAUGCCAGGUAUGCCACAAGCGUUUCAGCAGCACAAGUAAUCUGAAGACCCAUCUGAGGCUGCACUCGGGUGAGAAGCCUUAUCAGUGCAAGCUGUGCCCAGCUAAGUUCACACAGUUUGUCCACCUCAAACUGCACAAACGGCUGCACACACGUGAGCGCCCCCACAAGUGUCCACACUGCCACCGCAACUACAUCCACCUCUGCAGCCUGCGCCUCCACCUUAAGGGCUACUGCCUGGCUGCUAUGCCUUCCCCCCACUGUAGCCUUGAUGAACUGAACCGCAUUAAUGAGGAGAUCGAGCGCUUUGACAUCAGCGACAAUGCUGACCGGCUGGAGGAGAUUGAGGGGGUUGAUGUGGAGAGGCUGGUGGAAAAGCAGAUCUUCAGUGUGAUCUGCCAUGAAAUGGACCUCAAGGCGUCAUACCACAAAGGCAGCACUGGAGGGGAUCUGCUUCCUCCAUCACAUCCGUCUAGCACCUACAGCCUGUAUGAGCCAAGCAGUGAAACAUCGGUUAUCAAGCUCCUACCUGUCAAGGUCAAACAAGAGACUGUGGAGGCAAUGGAAUCUUAGCCCCAGCCCGAGCACAGAAACUCAUUAAAACAUGCUGCACCUCAGCCUGAUCGGUUCUCCCCGGCCUGGCUGCGGAUGGCCACAGGUGUACACAAUCCUGCUCAUAAGGAGACAGGCUUAGACCUUUGAUUUCAGGGACUUACCAUACUCAGGGCUAAGAGACACUGCUCCAGGCCACUAGCGGUCCAGUGUGUCCUACAUUAACUUUAGAGACAAUCAUCUAUUUCUUUAUUUCAUAAUAAUAUUAUUGUUGCCGUCAUUGUUAUUUGUUAUUAUUUUUGCUAUUGUUAUUCCUUAAUAAUAUUUGGUUCAGUCUGUUAUGCAACCUCCUUAAUUUAUUGUCAAUGUUUACAAUGACUGGGUAAUUCAUUGUAAUUCACUGUUCUGUAUAUUUUCUUGCUGUCACACUUUUGUACAUAGUUUCUUGCAGCCUGUGUUAUUUGUUUGUUUGCCCUUUAAUUGUGACGAACUAAUGAGUACCAGAUAUGAGGAGCUCACCUUGAUUCAGGGUUGUUGUUUUUUUUUCUUCUUCUAUUUUUAAUGCAGACAGGUAUUUUUAAAAGAAGUAGCUCUUUUGUGGAAGGCUGUUGUAAAUACCAUAAUGGAAUUUUGACAAUGCCACCUUCACCAUGUCUUAAAUGCUGGGGGCCUUUUUCCUAAUUUCUAUUGAGCACUCCUCGGUGUGACACACACACAAAAAAAGGGCAUUUUUCUAUUUUUUCAACAUGUUACCUCAAACUGUGAGUGUGUGUGUGUAUAUAUAUAUAUAGGCUGUGAGUGUAUUCAGAAGGAAGUCAAAGGCAUAUAUGAUAUUUAUUGCUUUUCUACUUGAAGAAGAAACCAAAAUGUCCCUGGAGUAGCCGUCUCUAUGUGGUCCAAAAACCCCCCCAAAAAAACAAAAAAAAACAAACAAAACAAAACAGAAAAAAAACCAGAAGCCUGGUAGCAUGUAGCACACUGGCUAUAAAGCUGAGAGUACUUCUCUAUUCACUCACUAAUAUUUUGGAUAAAGGGGUUUGGAAGGGUGGAAAAGGGGCUGGAAUACUGAGCUAGUUACCAAAGUCCACUUAAACAACAGUGAGUGUCUAUAGUGAUAUUAGUCGCUGUUUAGAUGUCUGUUCUACACAUUUUUGUCAUUUGCCCUUUUUACACUCAUGGAUGGCACAAAUUAAAGUGCCUUGGUCUUUAUAUGCACUGGUUUAUCUUCA